CCGCUGUGUACACACCAAUGACUUCCUCGACUUCUAAACAAACAGUUCCGGUGCAGAAAGCGCUGCUUCACGUUCCUCCACUGGAAGAACUAAAAGAUGUGCUGCAGAAAACGCUGAGUGUCAACUUUUCUUCAGUCGAUGUGUCUUUAGUUGAUUGUCCUGAUCUGACUGCUAAGCCUUGGAGUCUAGCUGCUUCAGGAAUUUGUGGAAGCUCAAGACUGGCUGAUGUGGGUGGUGUGCCAAAUCUGGUUCCUCUUGUUGAUCGGGAGAAAAUUCCUUUUUUUGACUUUGACGAUAUAGCCAGGCAGUGUGAACUUCCUGGUGCUUUUAUUAUUGGAGCUGGAGCUGGUUCUAGUCGAUUCGUUGGAGUGAAUUGUGAGCUAAUGCCGAAUGUGAAGACAGCAUCGGUAACAGAUACUGGUCACAACAACCGGACAAAGUAUGCCAAAGUAUCUGAGGAGGAUGGAUCUUGUAUAUUGAAAGAGUAUAACUCUAAAGAGUUUAGUCUGCUGGCAAAUUUGCAUCUUUCUGAGGGCAGACCAGGAAAGGUAUUAAAAGUAGAUGCCUCGUGUCGGACUGGCUCUGACAAUUUUGUGAAAGUAAUGCGUGAAGGUCUUACACACCACUAUGGUACAAAGCCAGUUGGCAUUGGAGGAGUCUUUGUGAUUCAAAAUAGUAAAGCUAGAGUACAUGUGAUGCCAAAGUUUUCUGAAAAACCACUUGACACGGAUGAUGAUGUUGCUCAAUGGCUUCGUUUCUAUGACAUGGAUCCACCACUUACAUGCCUUAGCGUCUUCAUCAGCCAUGAUCCUGGUUUGGAUCUCCGUGUAGAACACACACAUUGUUUCAGUGACCAUGGCAAAGGUGGCCACUAUCACUAUGACAUCUUUGAUUCUCAAGUACACUAUACUGGCUACUUCACUCCUGCUGAGUUUAUGUUUCGAAUUGAUCAACCGGCAGUAACCCAUACGAUUGGGAGAGACUAGAUCUGAUUACACAGCACAGUUAUGGUUGGUCAGCUAAGAAGAAUAUUAAACUAUGUAUAGUUGGUAUGACAUAUUAUUCAUCUUUUCUUAUCUUCCCUUUGCCUUCCACCUGUCUACUCUUUUCUACUCCCUUUCCCUUUUCCUAAUGAAGCAACUAGCUAUGUGAGACUACCGCAACUGUCGAUGAUCAUUUCUGUUCUAUCAUUUCUAUCAUUUCUAUCAAUGAUUCAUUUCUCACUUUGA